ACUGUACUACUUUAUGUGCCACUCCUUAAAUUUUGUGCUUCAUGUACACAAAGUUCAUGAAAUUUUUAACUCCCACAGCAUAUUUCAAUUUCAACAAUUUAUUUCGAUUGCAUUACUCUAUGUUUUGUUUUCGGGGGGGUUUGGUUUUACGGAACACACUGUAUAAUGGAAAAUCACUUGAGAUAUUUUAUUAAACCCUUACAUGCUGGGUAAUGAAAGGGAUUUUAUAAAUUUUCAAUUCAAUCUUUAGAGAGGACGGGAAAAAGUACGCAAAAACUACCUCAAAAAAUGUCCGCACAACAUUAAUGUGAAAAGAGAAUGUUCUCCCUUCGCAGCAGCUGCCAAUGCGUCCGAUCAUUCUCGUUGGGCAGAACGUUAGCGAAGAACCACUACGACUCCCUCGGAAUUACACCGACGGCCACUCAGGCGGACAUAAAGGACGCCUAUUACAAAUUGUCGAUGGUCUACCAUCCGGAUAAGACGACGAGCGAAAAUGACGACGCGGUGAAGAAAUUCCGCGACAUAACCGAGGCGUACGAGGUGCUUGGCAACGUGCGACUGCGACGACUGUACGAUAAAGGGGUGUCGGACGUCGGCGACCUGUCCUUGAAUAAGUUUUACAAGUCGAGGGAGAAGAGGUCGCGUCCGCCGUCGACCGGUCGCAGUCCGAUCUACGACUUCGACGAGUGGUCGCGACAGCACUACGGCGUCCUGCUGAGAAAGGAGCAGGAAUUCAAGCAGAGGGUGCAGGAGCACAAGGAGGCGAAGGAGCACGAGGCAGAAAGCGUGCAGAUGAGUCGUAUCAUGCUGGUCAUGUUGCUGCUUCUCGCCGGGUUUUCGGUGUAUAUGAAUACCGGCCAUGACCAUGUACGGAAUAUUGAUAAAAAUGUCACUCCGUCAAAUCCUAAAUAAUGUUGUACAGUUUCAUAGUAAAUUUAUUUAUAAUCGAAAUUAUUAUUAUUAUUAUUAUAAUAGUACUAGGGGUGGUCCCAGUCGGUUCCUGCACUGCGACCUUUUGGUCUAUUGUGCUUCAGGGUAUUGUUAACCCCUCCAGAAUGCCUGUAUCUUUAAUAAAGUCUGGGAUUUUC